ACCGGUCGGACCGCGCGGUUGGCGAUCGGCGCGACCGCAGCAAAACAACAAACCGAGUACGCGCGCUCUGUGUUCGGACAGACUCCAACAACCGGGUCCGGGGGCUUAUUGCUACAGACAUCGUCGCAUCGUGCAUCAUUUACCGUCGUCCGCGGUGGCGAUAAUUGCUAAAAAGCUUUUUUCCUUUCCAUUAAUAAGCCGCGAAUCUCGUGUAUAUGUGUCGUAACGUGUCGUUCGCGUCUUCGUCCGCGUCCUGUUCUGCACUCGACUGACCGCGGAGGGGAAGCUGGUGAGGACCAGAUGUAUGUUAUGCCACUGCACUGGUUCAGCCUCAUCUUCGAGCACGCUGAUGCAUCUGCAUAGAGCAGCGUGGUGGUAGACGAGCGAACGAGCGAGGGAAUGCGCGCGAUCGCGAUCACCGUCACCGUGAAGCCUGUUUGUUGUUAAUGUGCAGCGUGUUCCAGUGUUCCACUAGUGUGCAAGUGCAGCAAUAGCAACAGCGACAGUGCAAUCAUCAUUCGAUACGAUAACGAUACUUUCACUCUUAAAAGUGCACCACGAACGGAGGCGGCCUCCAUCGAAAAAGCGGUUACCUGGUGCGAUCCUCGUCAGCAUCGAAGACGACAAGGAGGAAGCAAAGGGAAGGGAAGCGAAGGGUGAACUGUUACGAGGGACCUUCACGCAGGGAACCAGAAAAAAAAGGAGCGAGCUGGUUCGUGUGUAAAACCACAAGCGGCAGCCGACAGUCGGCGCCAAUUCGAGUUCUAGAGCAAAAUGCACACAAGACAUCAACGAUGGAUGAGGCAACGAACGCACCACCGACUAUUCAUGGUCACAGCAGCAUUGUGUAUCAUUGGAUUAGAAGGUGCCCGGAUGGUGCACGGUGCCCGGGAACAACAGACAAAGGAUAGCGACCACCAGCGACAGCGAAUGGUAACUGCGGAUCCUGGUCAUGUGGCCACUCCCGUCGGCUCGGUGAGUAACGGCACGGACCAUGGAGUGCUGCCGUUGUCCAGCGAUCGGCAACGCCGGCUGAUCCCGUACAUGCAGUACUACGUAACCUCGACUCCAGGUGCGCCAUCGGCGGCCAGAGGUAGCGGUGCUGACUACCACCAUCAGCAGCAGCAGCAGCCGGCACCACCGCAACCAUCCUCACCAGCGCCAACGUUCAAUCAGCUCUAUAAUUAUAGGCCGAUCAAUGUCCCUUCGAAUGCAGGCUACGGACCGAAGCAGCCAAGCGCUAAACCGGUGCUGGUUGCCGCCUAUCGACAACAGGAAGAGCCGUCAUACGACUUUCAAUCGCAAAGGCCACCGUUGCCUCGCAAAUACUACGCUACUGCAGCAGCUGCUGCUGCUACUGCUGCUGCUAGUGGACCACAAACGAAGCUAGUUCCGGCCACUGCCGGUGGCCUUAAGUCGUUGCCGUUCACCUACGAGUACAGCAGCAACCAACAGUCGCACCAUCACCAGCAGCAGCAGCAUCGUGGCCAUCAGAGUCCUGUGAAGGUAGCUUCAUCGUACGCGCUACUGACGAGUGGAUCGGGCGAUCAUGGCUCAGCGGAUCAUGGAGUGGAGGUUUACGAGCGACCAAAGUACGCCGUCAUCCCGCGCGAUCGCGAUCAGUACGAUGGCCAACGGUUUGCCGUUCUACCGGCCAAACUGUACGCUGGUGGCGGGGCCAUUGAGGUCCACACCAAGUCACAAUCGCAUCACGAGAAUGAAGCGGAACCACCACAGCAUCAGCAUUCACCGGGCAAGUACUACCUCUCGACUGUGGCCACGGAUUUGGCGCCUUCGAGGAAACCAUCGUUGUAUCAACCGGUGCCGGUGUACAAGAAGCAUCGGAUCAAUCCGUUCCUUCCAUCGAACACCAUUCCGGGACCGUUUACACCGAUGACGACGAGCCACAGCGCCGGUGAGGACGGAGCGAACCAGAUCGUCAGUCACCAGGAAGAGGCAGGCCUUCGUGGAGAGCAAAUCUCGGCGUACGUCGUCAAGGGCCACUCCACAGCCGCACCAUCUCUCAUUGAGUAUCAACAGGGCGAGACGGCUGGUGGGGCGUCCGGUGGCCAUCAGUCACCUUACGUGCUGGUGAAGACGGUUCCAAAGUAUUACUACGAAAAGCCACGGAUUGCGGUCGUCAGUUCGACGGUGGCGCCACCAUUUCCUCCCGUUUACUAUCACCACAAAGAGAAGCCAAGCAAGCAACCGUACUCCAAUCACACUGGAUACACACGUCCAAGGGUGGUUGUUCCAGCACCAGCGGAGCCACAAAUCAAUAAUCCGUACUACAACGUGGGACACUUUUACAAGUUCCAGGAGCAAGUGACACCAACGAAGCUUCCAUCGCCUGCACCACCACCACCGCCGCCACCGAGACAGCAUCUUACCGAGACCACACUGACGCAACAUCCGGUGAAGCAUCUCGUAUCGGAAACGGUCAGUAAGCAGCCGUCGUCACCUCCAGGCCACACCGGGCAGUAUUUCCUCGGUGCGAACUACAAAGUGUUCAAGGUGCCAGCAGCUAAGGUGCCUCAUCCUCCGCACCCGCAACCAUACUACACUGGCCACGAGCAGCAACCACCGUAUCAGCCACAGUUUAUCCAGCACGUGACCAGCACACCGAGUGCACCGACGAUCGUGUACUCAACGACCGCUGCUGCACUACCACCUUCGACAACACUGGCGCCAGCGAUCGUUCACGAGAAACCCUCGUAUCCCGUGAUGUACCAUCAGCAUCCUCAUCCUCAGUAUCAGGUCAAACCUGUGCCACGGAAUCGCACCGAGUAUACCAACCGGCAGCGCUUCUAUCCGCCAUCGAUGCGCCACCCGAGUCAACACAAACCGAGACCGAUCCCGUUGGCACCGUUACCGGAACCGAUUGAGCAGGAGGCAGAGGUGGGGCUAGGGGCUGGUGGAUCGACGUCCUCCGGAUCCCUUUCCGAUCUGUUGAAGAACCUUCAGGAUAACAAUCUGCUCCCGAAGACGCUCACACCGGACAACAUCGACAAUUCGAUUCGGACGCUCGUGAAAAUCUUGAACAAUCUGAAGGCAAACGGGCGGUAUCAAGCGACCAGUUCCGUAAGGCCGGAUCCGGCUGAUGAGGUUGCUUAUGAGCGGCCAGGUAACUACUCGCAGGCGCCCCAAGAGGAACCGGAACGGUACGUUGAGGCUGAUCCGUACCAUCACGGACCACCGAUGUUGAUCAACAAGAUCGUCACACCGGGACCGAAUACGGGUAAACCGGGUAUUGAUUAUCCGGCGUUGGCUGAGAUCCCCGAGACGAGCUUCUCGUGUAAGGAGCAGCGGUAUAAGGGCUUCUUCGGGGAUCCGGAAACCAACUGCCAGGUGUGGCAUUACUGUGAUCUGAAUGGUGGAAAGGCAUCUUUCUUGUGUCCGAAUGGAACCAUCUUCAGUCAGGUCGCUCUGACAUGUGAUUGGUGGUUCAACGUGAAAUGCUCGACCACGGCACAAUUGUACGUGCUGAAUGAACGGUUGUACAAGUACAUUCUGCCCUUCACUCCCAAGUUCCCCGAGGAUUACAGUGGCCCCUUGGUUGACAAGUAUCUAGCGCUCAAGUUCCAAGAGAUGGAAGAAAAGAUGAAACUGCAGAGGGCAAAGAGUGCAAAGCAGGGUACGGAACCGAUCGCAAACACCGAUCCGGACAAUGACGAGGUAAAUGGGAACCGGCUCGAGGAUAACGAUGAGCGCUACAACCAGAACCAACCCUAUCCGGUGAAGUACGUUACAACGGAAGCCAUUCCGGAGCGUGUGUCCGAUGCUGCGAAACCGGCCGAAGACACAUCAUCGGCCGUAGUGACGCUGGAAGAUAUCGAAGCAGAGUUGCAACGUGGCAAAGCAGGCGGUGGGGCCAGUAGUACCACGACCGGUGGUACUCCGGUUGUGGAGAUGACCUCUGAGGAAGCGGAACGUGAGGAGGAAGAAACGACUCACCACCGACCGACCACUGGGCCGACAUUGAUCAUCACGACCGAGGAUCCUCCCAGUGCACCGUACCAUGAGAUGAUGAUGAUGGUGAUGGGAGGAGGUCCGGAAGGACGACAGGAGGAUGAUCAUUACGCGAACGUGGUCAGUACGGAGCAACCCCCGGGAGGAGCGCUACUACCAACGCCGGCCCCGGUCGUCCUGAGCAAGAUAAGACGUAUCGAGGUAAAGAACGAUGGCACCAGUGGCCAUCUGAUAAGGACACCCAACUACGAGCGUAGGCGAAGAAAAUGAAGUGAAAGAGGGUCGACCAACAUUUCAACAUUCUCAAUACUCACACUCCACACCACACAAAACACACCCACGACACGGCAGUGGACAUGAGGCUGCAAGGGGAGGGCGCGUAUGCGAACAAUAAACUAUUGUACAAUAUUUAGUUUCGUAAUUUAAGCACGGACUACGAGCGCGAUAAGAGUCUGCCU